AUGGCUGUUGAGCAGAGUGCCCAGCUUGCUGGCCCUGGACUGCUCAUUAGACCAAAGCCUCGCCCACUAUUGAAGAAGACUAAACCCUUAGUGUCAUCCCUGGACUCAGAAAAUGCAGCAAUGACUAUGCCAGGCCCUAAAACAUCUGGCAGUGCAAACACAACUCAAAAUGCUGUGAACACAGGGAAGAACAAGUAUCAAGAUUUGAAGAUCACCUUUAAGGACGGCGUCAAAGCGAAUCGAAAGGUUUCUAACACCAGUGUAUCCACUUUAAGUCAGACAUGUGUGGGAAGCACUGAUGGGAAAAUCAAAAGAACAUUCACAUCCGAGUCUUCCACACCAUGUUCAGAGGAAGUGGGAGUAACAAAGUGGGUGAAAAAUGUGGUGUCCAAGUCCCAACUGCAGCCCUCUGCACCACCAAGUACACAAAGCGCUCAGGUGGUCUCGAACAACAACUUGGAGUGGACAGAAGAUGUUGAUGAACCUGAGACAUUUGAUGAGCAAAUGGUUAAAAAUCAGGCUGGGAAAACUGCCAAAGAUGUGUCCAGGGGAAAGAAGCGUGCCUUUUCCAACUUGUUGGAGGAAGAAGAAGAAUGUGAAGUCCAAGAUGAUCCAGAUGCUGAUGAAGGCCCUAAUGUCGAUAAUCCAGUAGACGAUGUGGACAAUGAUGUCGAGAUGGUAGAUCAGCAACUGCCUGAGGUUGGUACCAAGGCCAACAAAGCAGUGAAAACUCAGCUCACAACCUCUUGUACAAUGGUGCACCCAGAGAAUUUGAGGCCAACAGCUAGAGUGGUUUGUCAAAGGAUUUCAGAGUGGAGGGGAGUCUUUGGCUCCACUGCUGUCAGUGCCCUGGUGACGUUUUUUGCUUCAAAUGAUGACUUCCAGGCUCCCAAGGCACGAAAGGAAUAUGCUGAAUAUCAGCUCGAGGACUCAUGCUUCAUGUAUGAAGACCCAGACAAUGAGGACUUACCUGGAGCCUUUCUGUCUGAAUUCAUCUUGCAUGUUUUUGCUGCCCACCUUAAUGCUAUCCAAGGAUAUGAGAAAAUUGACAUAAUUGACUGUGGCUUACCUGGACACCAAGCCAUGCUUGCACUGGCAACUGUGGCUGCUGAGUGCACACUUAUUUUGGCUUGGGACAAUCUUAUACUACUGGACGACACUUCAGACAAUGACAAGAAACUGCACAAGAUCAUAUUGAUGCUUAAUCAAGCCACGAACAAGAUGAGCAAUACUGGUACUGCAUUUUUGUCAGGCAACUGGGAGACAGACACCAUUGCUUACAUGGAAUGA